AAAAAAGGGCACCAAAAGGCAACUGAUGAUCGCCAAGGCGGACAGAGUGUGGGUUGCUCUCGGAGAAGGGUCGCCUCCGACUGCGGACGGGAAGGGGGCACUAUGCUCGGCAGCUCGCCGGUGUGAUAGGGGCCGGGGGCCGAGGGGAGAAGGAGGGCGACAGUGCGGGAACGCAGGAGGCAAACUUUCCGCCGCUGCUCCGGCUCAUCCCAGCGCAACUCUGACGCUGCGGCUGCGGGCGAGAGAUGCCUUUCCCGAAGCGCAUCUGCAAGCCGCUCGGGCUCAGCCGGCCGGCUUCCGGGGCCAGGCUCUUUGAAGAGCUGCCCAGUGUAUGUAACCACACGCUGGGCCGGACCCUCCGGCAGCUCUCGGAGCUGGCCAAACACGCCGCGGGGCUCUUCCAGGAGAUCGAGGAUGAGGUGCUGGGCGUCCACCGCCGCGUCUCUACCAUCCAGAGGAAGAUCAGCGAGAUCGGCGCCGCCGUGAAAACCCUGGAGCCCAGGCAGCAAACAGUGCCUGUGUCAGACCUGGACAAGGAGAGUAAACUAACAGUCCACUACCGAGCUCCAUGGUAUCAGCAGGAAGAACUGUUUCACCCAUCGACCAGACCGCCAUGUGUAGAGGAACUUCACCAAUGUGCCAAACAGAAGCAGCAGUUUCUACAUAAAGAGCAUCAGAGACAGCUGGGAGAGAGAAGAUUAAUGAAACCCCCGUCUAUGUUGCCCCCACCACUGCCAUUGACACAGCCUCGGCACCGUCUCAGAGCGCAGAAAAAACAGCAAAUUGCAACGUUUCACAGCACUCGUUCAUCCUCCCCUACAGAAUGUUGCCAAAUGACCCCCUGGAGUAAAAAGUCCGUUCCAUCAACAGAUGGUGACAGUGAUAUGAUCGAUUUAGGUCAAAGACCGAAAAAUCCAAUACCGAAUAUUCCUACGACACUAGAUAGGCAUACGAAUUGGAACAAAGAUCUACCUCUUCCUACUCCAGAACAGAAGAUGCGCCAGCAAGCUGAGGCUAUUUCUUCCUGUGUUAUUCCCAUCAAUGUGACUGGAGUGGGUUUUGAGAGGCAGGUCAUCGGCAGAUACUCUUUUGUGCAUCCUCAGUCUGUGCUGCAUCGAAGGCGGAAGCUAAAGAGGCGAAAAACUAUCAGUGGAAUCCCCAGGCGUGUGCACCAAGAAAUAGCAGAUUCUGAUGGAUCUCCCAUGGCUCGAGAAAGAAAUGUGAUCGUCCACGUUAACCCACAGUUAGGCUUCCGCGGUGAUGAGGCACAUUCUACCAGCGGCCGAUCUGGGACCAAGGAUUCCGAGUGCCAGACAGAGGAUAUUCUAAUUGCUGCCCCAUCAGCGAGGCGGAUCCGACCUCAACGGGAUAGCAGUAUCGCAUCUUCCCUGUCGCAUUCGGCUGGGAAUAUCCCAACCUUGGCAGACGAUUCAGGCUCGAUGUUUCUCACGCCAAUGGACAACCGCGUUCGCGCCCGCAGCCUUUCGCGAGAAGGCAUUGGAAAUUCGCUGUUCCCUCACGAGUUAAGUCAGGACGACAGCGUGGAGAGCAUCAUCGGGGCUCCUGAAAAAUACCUGCCCGGCCCAGAAAGGGCAGGGGAGGAAGAGGACGAAGCAGAUUUAUUUGUUCAGAGCUCGCGGACACAUCAUUCAAAGGGAGUUACCGUUCAACCGCAGCAAAGCCCUGAAAGCGAAUCCCAUGGAGCAAAGAUGUCCAAAUUUGUGCCGGAGGGAGAUUUGGGCAACAGCGAAAUCUCUUCAAAUUCUGAUACGUUCGGCAGUCCAGUCAACAGUAUCUCCAGCGGAGGGGUUCUGUUGAGGAGUCAGAUAGAUCAAAAGGAGGACCAUCAGUCCUCGAGUGGAAACUGGAGUGGGAGUAAUUCGACGUGCCCCUCACAGACAUCCGAGACCGUCCACACUGCGUCUUCGCCGCCCCUGACAGGAUCUUCGCACUGUGACUCCGAAUUAUCCUUGAACACGCCUGCGCACACAAACUACGAUUCCGCCGGCUUCUUACUGGAACAGUACCCAUAUCAAGGAGAUAAAGUCAGAGGUCACAGAGCAAACUCUUUUACUUCCAUGGGGACAGAUGUGAUGGAAGAUCUCAACACGAGUAACACAAGUGACGCUGAAUGGAGCUACUUACACCAUUGCCACGAUGCAUCUUGCCAUCGAGACUUGAGCCCGAGGAAUUCCAGGACAAAUAGCUUGGGAUGCCCAAGUUUUGCCAGCAUGGGUACGUGUGACAGUUUUGUUGAGAGACCGUCCUCCUCCAAAACUGAUUCGGGCUCACAUUUCUCCGUGGAUACUGAAGGGUAUUAUACCUCCAUGCACUUUGACUGUGGUUUAAGAACUAGUAGAAAUUACAUUUUUAACUAUGCAUCCGCAGGCUCCGAUGGGAUCCAGAGUACAGAGAAUACACCCGAACUCGGCGAGCUCCCUCAAGCAGAUCACUUAGAGCUGACAAAGCAGAAGCAUCGGGGCCAGAGCAUUGCACUCAAGAAACCAAAGGCAAAACCAGCCCCACCAAAACGCAGUUCAUCUUUGAGGAAGAAUGAUGUUUGUACGAGUGAGAGUGAUCAGAAAAAUGAACCAAAGACUAACGAUAUACAGGAGAUGACUGUAUCUUCUAGAGAUGCACAGAAAUCUUUGCAACUUGACCUAAGCCUUGCAGCUGAGAGGCUCAAAGGAUCCUCCAUGUCACCUUCGAAAACAAACAGUCCUUGGGAUAGUCAAAGUGGAUAUACACAUGACAAUGAAUUAUCAGACCCUCAACUCACUCCAUUGGACAUGCCCUCCUUUAAGGAUGAAGGUGCUGUGCAAUCGGAUUAUGCAGGUCUCUGGCUCUUAAAUGACUUAAAGUCUAAUGAUCCUUACAGAUCGUUAUCGAACUCUAGCACUGCCACAGGUACAACCGUGAUAGAGUGCACAAAGUCUCCUGAAGGAUCUGAGUCACAAACAUCACAAUCCGAGUCGCGAGCUACCACUCCAUCUCUCCCCUCUGUUGAAAAUGAGUUCAAGCUGUCCUCUCCCGAUAAGUUGGCCAGUUUGGCAUCGCCAUCCAGUGGGUACUCGAGCCAGUCUGGCACACCAACCUCAACUUUGCCUACCCCUCUGUUCCCUGGCCCCCUGUCUCCAAACAGUGGUAAAAAAAAGCCAAAAGUUCCUGAGAGAAGGUCAUCAUUACAGCCGUCUUCCACAAAGAAAGACCUCGAAUUACCAACGAUACCUCCAACACACCUUGACCUAAGUGCUCUUCAGAAUCUGUUUAAAAGCAAACCUUUUGCUCACAGAAAUCAAUUGCACAUCUCAAAUCAGAGCAAACAGAGAGAGACUCCUGAAAAAACCAACAGCAGCCCAUCUAUUUCCCUUGGCAUAACUCCAUCAGUUCUGCAGUCUGUUCAGCUUCGCUCUGUUAGUAAAAUCAAGCAAUCCAGGCAGGAAUUCCAUGAAGACCCUGAUGUAACAGAAGGCCCAGGUUAUGCAGAGGUCAUCGCACCACCAAAUAGAACUGAACCGUACACUUAUAACCGAUCAUUAACACAAAAGUACACUGAAAUUUCCAAUGCACCUCAACUGUUAGAAAAACCACCCUCCACUGAAGCCAACCCAAGCAUUUUGCAUUUAGAAAGUCAUAUUGCACUUUGUCUUGAAAAUAAAUUGAAUAGAGAGUGUAUGUCGCCAUUACCGCUAGCUUCUAUUGCAGCAAAGUCUCUGACACAACUCACGGUAUCCGAUGAGUGCCUGCCCAGCGCAGAACUGGAAGAUGACCAAGUAAUCCUAACAGAAGGCUGUCAGCUGGUCUCCAACAGCUACAAGUGGAGCGACAAAAAGAAUUCAGCAAAGGAGAGCACUCCACAUGAAACAGAGCAAACCUUCUAUAAUGCCAGUAAAGAAUUGCAGAAUGAAGUAUUUGCCCAGGAAAUAGGAAAUAAAGAGGAGGCUGGAAGUGUGCGCUCUCCCUGCAACAGAGUUACAGAAACUCAGUCGGCAGUGGCACUGGGGUCACCAGCUGCAGAGAAAUUGGAGAGAAAGCUUGAUUUUGACUCAGCUGGUGAUAUAGAAAUUGUACACCGUGACCUAAUUCAGCCAGAAUUAAAAGGUGCACCAAGGCUCGACAAAGGCACUACUGAAGAGAAGACCAAAAGGGUGCAAGAUGGCUGUAUAGAAAGUGCUGCUGAUCAUAGCAGAACUGCAGAAGGUCUAGCUGAGAGCCCUAGCCAUGGCCAGCCCAAAGACCACUUAGAUAUAGGACUGGGUGAAAGUUGCUUGACUUCUCCUUUGGAUCUUGAGACAAAUGAAGAUAAUGUAUUCAUAUCACCAAACAAACUCCGCACAACAGAGGACCUUUUUGCUGUGAUUCACAGAUCAAAGAGGAAGCUUCUGGGAAGAAAAGAUUCUGAUGACGGGCCAAAUGUAAAUAAACCAAAAUCAUCCCCCAGCAGUUCCCCCGGGACUCCACCUGCUGUCCAAAAACAGCCUGGCCCUAUUUAUAGGAGCGUUCGAAAAUCAAACACUUCCCAUGAGGAGUUCAAGCUGCUGCUGCUGAAAAAGGGCAGCCGCUCAGACUCCAGCUAUCGACUGUCUGCCACUGAGAUACUGAAAUCCGCAAGCCCGGUUUCUCCCAAGUCUCCGGGAGACAGUUCCCCAGAGCAGGCUAAAGAGUCUGAGGACACGUCCCCUUUCCCAUCCAGAUGCGAAAUGCAGUCACCGCUGUCACCGUGCUCCCCCAGGUUCAGUACGGAAGGAAUCUCCACCCGCAGCUUCUCGGUUUCGAUGUCUUCCCGACCAAGUCGCUCCCGAGCACCGCCAGUAGCAGGCAGCAGCCGUUACAGUGUCCGCAGUCGCCUGCACAGUGCACCGAUGCAGGUCAUCUCUGAGGGCGAAGCUGAGAACUCAGAUGGAAGCCCACAUGACGAUCGGAACUCACAGGGCACACAAUAACUGUCCGCUGUAGAACAAACAUAAAUGUGCAUGUGUUUUUUUUUGUUUAGCAAUGUUUAUGCCGAAAGGUUUAUCAAAAAGCAGGGCAAGGUCUAAACUGUCGAGAACACAAAAACAGAUUAUUGCCCAAAGUCUAACAGAACAAUAGGUACUGAGAUAAGACAUCCCUUCACUGUUCCUUCAAAACUGCUAAUGAUUCAAUCAUUUUAGUGUCCUCUAGAGCAAACAACGAAGAGAAUUUUGAUGGAAGAAAAUUUAAGGAUGUCCGUAAUGAAUUUGGGCUAAUACUCUGUUUUUAAAGUUUCAGAUGAAUUUUGCAAGGUUUAUGCAUGGUUGUUCCCUAUUUGUGUGAAAUUAGUGGGGUGUCAUUAUUCCUAGACUGAUUAAGCAGAAGCAUAAGCAAUAGGACAAAUUGUGAGAAAAGCACAUUGCAGUUCUUGGUAUUCCUGAUUGAGUGAUGAUAGAUGAGAAAUGGAAUGGCCGUGCUCUGUGCAGCACAGUCUUUGAAACUAAUGUAAAUAACAUUAUUUUUAAUUGAUUUGAAAAGGUAUUAAUCCUUUGAGCAAUGCACAUUCUUAAUCAUUUGCAUCAUCAGCAUAUUCUAGGAAUGAAAUUGUCCUUGAUCUGAAGGAUUAAUACAAUGACGAAGGAGGAAAAAUAUGAGCAAAUUAGUUUCUUUUUCAAAAUACUGUCUUCACGCUGAUCUUUACACAGUCUAGAUAUUAUUCCUAAAGAUGACCACAUCAAGUUUGUGGCUUCUUCUAACCCACAAACCACAACUGAGAUAGCCUAUCACUAUAAUUAAUUUGGAAGAAAAACUUUUUACUGCCUCAAAAGAUUGACAGAGUUUUUACAUAUACCUGGAUAUUUAAAUCUAAUUGAAUUAUUAUGUAACUAAUAAUUAUAAAUAUAUGAUUGAUAAUUGUCCACUUCUAAGAGUUUGAAGUUAUACAUUGCUCAAGUAUUCUGCCAUUACAGCUGAAAUCUUAAUUAACUUCUACUGUUUACAGUAGAAAUAGGAUUACAGCUAAAGGAUUAAUACUAUACUACCUAAUAAAGAAAAAUAUUGUGUCUUUUUGGAUUUUAAAAAAUCAUUAUAUUGUACAAGUAUACAAAAGGAACCUAAGGAAAUGAUUAUUUUUGUGAUUAAAGUUGAAAUACUUGUGUGUAGACACCAAGAAUUGCAAGUUUGCAAAUAUGCCAUAUUUUAAAACAAUAUACGAGCAUUUUUGGAACCACAAUGGUGGGGGUUGAGGGGAAAAAAGAGCCUUUUUGACAGGGCUAGGCCAUAACAGACAUUACCAUUGUAAUGAAAAUGUUUUAUCUACAGGUUGUAAUGCACAGAUGUCAGUAUGAUGGGAUUAACUGAGAAGAUAAAAAGACAGGUUUUUUUUAUAGUUUUAAGUUGUUCAAUAGAAAAAGGGAGAGAAGAGCAGUAAGUGCAUGGGGGAAGUUUUAACCUAAAGGACUUGGCAAUGCAGAGUAACUUUGGGCAAAGUGUAAAACUGGGCUGAUCCUAUGGUUGGCCGCCCAGUAACUUAGCAUGUAAUUAGCCCCCAGAGGUUUGUGAAGGAUUUGGUGAUGGUGUAAAGUCAAAAAAUGAAUAGGAUAGAGGAUCUAUUUCAUGUAUAUUGGAAAUACAAUAUUCAAGAGUGAGAAGAGGAUGAGUAACAGUGUGAGAUGAAUGAUGCGCGAAUGGGUAAGAAAAUGGGGUAUGUUUAAAGUGCAGAUUGAUCCAGAGGUGUUCAGUGAAAGAAAUUUUGCAAAGAAGAUUGUAAUUCCACUUUGGCAUGCUGAAGAAGUGCAGAAAGCAAUGCAGAUUUUGAAAUAUCUACACUGAAGAUUUGAAGACAGUCCCAUGUUAAGAAUGGACGGAGACAAUGCUGUAAACACUCUUUUCUAGAAAAACAAUCGCAAGUACAUGAGCUGAUUCUCUUCAGUUCAGUUCACUACACCAAGCAUUGUUGUUCUGUUUUAACUUGAAUGUUUAUUCAACAGCCGAGGUCAACUUCAGUUGGAAGGAAAUGACUGUUACAAAAUUCGCAACUAUUAUAUCUGGCCAGGACGAGACUUCAACGAUAGCGACCACAUGAAAAAAAGGUAACCGGAAAUCAUGCAGAUGAUGGAAACUGGAAAUAAUGUCAAAAGUGUUGGAAAUGCACGGCAAAACUGAUCAGCGUUUGAUAAAUGAUCACAUGUCAAUGGAAAUCCUCCAGUAAAAAAGUAAAAAUCCUCCACAGAUGCUGAGUACUUGAGAAACCUUGCUGGGGUGUGGGAGGUGCGGGGUGUUGAAGCGAAGUAUCUUGCAGUAUUACCUUUUUUGCGUACUGAUAAAAUUCCUCCUGUGACAUCAAUUAUUUCUUUCUUGCCUAUCAAACCUUACACUAUUUGGAAUUAGCUGAUUCCCAUGAAUGAGCACAUUUUCUUCCGUAAUAUGAGUGCUUUUUAUCAGUGCAGUUAGAUAUGAAUUAGGCAACACACAUACACACAGAUGAUUAUUUGAGCACGUAAAGCACUCAAUGAAAAAGUGUUUUUCAGCAGAGCUAUAUCUACCAGCUGUCACACAGCUAAAAUAUCUUCAGCUGAGUGCCAUAUCUUUUUUCCCUCUAGAAAAUGUGGCUGCAUAGAGGUGAUUAGGAAUGAAGAACAGAAUCUUCUGGACAAUUUACUUGCUGAAAUAUACAAUGCACAGUUAAAUGAGAUAUUGCUUAGUUAUUUUGUAAAGCACUCAUAUAAUUACUGAAUGCUUUGACAGCACUGCCAUCUUUGGACAAGUUGAACUAAUUAUAUUGUACAAAUUACUUUCGUGAACCAUCAUUCCAAUAUGUGUGUUCUGUUGUUUGCACUGAAGUGUGUAAGACAGUGGGUGUUUGAAGUUUUGCCGCUGCUUUCUUAUAGCGUUUGAUGAUUCCUAAUUUAUAUAGGCUUUCUUUCUGUUUAUUUGGCACAUAUAAGAACAACUGCACAGUUUAAAUCAAAAAUAUAUACCGUCUCAUAAAGAAUUACGCCUAGGUUUUGCCAAAGGUUGAAUGAACGCAUCGUAACUGCAUAGAUGGCAGAGUUAACAAAAUAUUGGUUUUGGUUUAUUGUAUAAAAAUAAAUAUAAGAGAAGGUUACAGUGUAACUGUAUUGGUACUAGAACCAGUUCAUCUGGAAGACAAGAAUGGUUUAUGGAUUUGCAGCCAUUUUAUAAUUUUUUGUAAUAUUUGUAAAUAUGGACUUUUUAAAAUGCCGAGAUGCUUUUUUGUAAAAUGUUUUCAAAGUUUACAAUUAAUUUCUAAGCCUUUGUAUAUUUUAGAGCUGUGCAACACUUUUAAGUCUUGUAUUUAUUUUUAGUAAAGAUUGUGAAACUUUCCCUGUGAAUUAUCCCCAACUACAGUACAUAUGGCCAGUCAAGUCUGGCUGCUUUGACAGUGUGCAUAGAGCCUGAGAAUAAAUGUGACUGCAUUGGAUCGGCAGAAAAAGAA